CACUAUUCACUACACCAACAAACACAGCCAUUCAUCACUAAUAAGUACACUGACUCUCACUCACUCAACAACUAAUAUCUUCAACCUUCAAUCUUUCAUUUCUCUCUCAUUCCAAUACCAUGACUUUUACUCAAAUCUUUGCCGCUAUCUUUCUCUUGUUCGCACUAUACUGCGGUUUGGACCCAUUCAACCACAGUGUCAUUGCAAAUUUCCCUAAUUUUGAGGUCAAAAAGGUUCAAAUGCCCGCAUGGUCUGAACUUCCUAAUGACAGAGAUCAGCACAACUUGCUGCAAAACUCUCAUAUUAGGUUUUUGAACCAAGUACAAGGCCCUGAGAGCAUUGCUUUUGACAAUCUUGGUCGUGGACCUUACACCGGUCUUGCUGAUGGUAGAAUCUUGUUCCUCAAUCAUCACCAUAAUUGGGUUGAUUUUGCUUACACUUCGCCCAAUAGAUACAGUAACUCCAAAAACAGGUCAUUAUGUAAUCCUCUUCCUAUAGAAGCUGCAACACCAUUUAGUUAUGUGAAGACUGAACAUAUCUGUGGAAGGCCUUUAGGACUUAGAUUUCACAAGAAAACAGGUGAAUUGUACAUUGCAGAUGCAUAUUUUGGACUCAUGAAGGUGGGGCCCGAGGGAGGCUUAGCAACGUCGCUUACAACUGAAGCUGAAGGGGUGCCUCUCAGAUUUACUAAUGAUGUUGAUGUAGAUGCCGAAGGAAAUGUUUAUUUUACCGAAAGCAGUGAAAUUUAUCAGAGGAGGAAUUUCAUCCAGCUGGUUUUAUCCGGGGAUGAUAGUGGCAAGGUUUUGAAAUACAACCCUACAACAAAGGAAACCACUGUUCUUGUGAGAAACGUUCAAUUCCCGAAUGGCAUUUCCUUAAGUAAAGAUGGUUCCUUCUUUGUUUUUUGUGAAGGGACUAUUGGCAGGUUACGUAAAUAUUGGCUAAAAGGAGAAAAGGCUGGAACUUCAGAGAUUUUUGCGGUCUUACCUGGAACUCCCGACAAUGUGAGGGUGAACAAAGAUGGUGAUUUUUGGGUUGCACUUCCCAAUAGAAGAUCUAUGUAUGCAUACCUUACUGGUUUAUAUCCAAGGAUAAGAAAAUUUAUAAUUAAGCUUCCUAUACCAACAAAGUUUCAAUUCCUGUUUCUAAUUGGAGGAAACCAACAUGGUGUGAUUGUGAAGUAUAGUCCUAAAGGUAAAUUGCUGCAGAUAUUGGAAGACACUGAAGGAAAAGUUGUUAGAGCUGUGAGUCAAGUUGAGGAGAAAGAUGGUCAACUUUGGAUAGGAAGUGUUAUUAUGCCUUUUAUUGCGGUUUACAAAUUGUAACUUACUUUCUCCCUUCAAAAUUCAGUUAGGUAGGGAAUGAGUGAGGGAUUUACUAAGAAAUAUUGUUAGAGUUAGUUAGGAGAAAUUUCUCUUUCUAGUUAGGAGGUGUGUUUUGAAAUAAGUGUUAAGAAUUUCUUAUAUACAUUGUUAAGUGGACAGAGUCAGCCCUUAGCGAGUUGAAGAAAUAAAUGUUAGGUGUUACUAAAAUAUUAAUUUAACUAUUUGUUAUCAUGAGAAAGAAAAAAAAUAGGAUUAUUUGGCAA